UUGCGAUGGACUGGCAUGGCACGGCUCGGCUCGGAUUCCUCCUGCUCGCGCUGCGCGGACUGCGGGGGUUCAGCGCCGCCUGCCCCGCCGCCUGCACCUGCACGGUGGCGCGGAUCGCGUGCGUCGACGGAGCGGCGCCGAGCAUAGAGGAUUUCCCGAUGCUCACGCUGGACGACACGGAAAACAUCACCGACAUAUUCAUCGCAAAUCAAAACAGGUUGUUUGAGCUCAACGACAACAGUCUGAGGCACUACAUAAACCUCCGGAACCUAACGGUGACCAGGACCAGACUGACGUCGAUAUCCCCGGAUGCCUUUUACAACAAUACAAGACUACAUUAUGUGAAUUUGCAAGACAACAACCUGUCGACGCUGUCAUGGAGGACCUUUCAGAACUAUAACAUCUCUUAUCCGCUCCUCCUGUCCGGAAACCCUUUGGACUGCAUCUGCGAGAACCUCUGGAUCAAACUGAGGAGCCAGGAGGAACCCGACAGCCAAGAUCUGCAAUGCAAGGACGAGCAAGGAGCAACAAAAGCCUUCGUUACGCUGACUCCGCCCGACUGCGUGGUUCCUCAAGUAGAGGUCACCCCCACGUUGGUGACCGAGAUGCAGGGCGGCGAUGUCGAAGCGUUGUGUAGCGCUUCAGGCUCGCCGCCUCCAGAGAUCCUGUGGAACCUGGACAUGAUUUUCUCGCACUACGAGAUUGACCCCAUGGAAACGGCGAGCAGGAUAACCUUAACCGACCUCUCUCCCGAGGACAACGGGCAGGUGAUCACAUGCACUGCUGAGAACAUGGUGGGUCAGACGGAGGCCACCCUGCAGCUCAACAUCCACUUCGCCCCCACCAUCCAGCAGCUGUUGGAACCGGAGCAGGGCCACCACUGGUGCAUCCCCUUCAGCAUGACGGGCAACCCCAAGCCAGAGCUGCAGUGGUACUUUGAGAACGUGACGCUGGAGGAGCAGGACUACAUCCGGACCAUGAUCCACCAGUCCACCAAGAGCGAGUACCACGGCUGCCUGCAGCUGGUCAACCCCACGCACAUUCACAACGGCGUCUACCGCCUGGUGGCCAAGAACCGAUACGGCCGUGACGAGAAGAUGGUGGCAGCGCAGUUCAUCGACCCACCCUACGACCACACAGAAGAUCCUUUCUACUACUACUCGCCGCUUCCGCCAAUGGAUGACAGCAUUGCUGUUUACGUGGUGGUGGGAAUCGCCGGCGUGGCUUUGAUGGGCUGCGUUCUUAUGGUGAUCAUUCUCAAAUACGGAAGGAACUCCAAGUUUGGAAUUAAAGGCUCCUCGUCGGUCAUCAGCAACGACGACGACUCGGCCAGCCCCCUCCACCACGUCUCCAACGGCAACAACACGCCAUCGUCCUCCGAGAUGGCGCCCGACGCCGUCAUCAUCGGGAUGACCAAGAUCCCCGUCAUCGAGAACCCGCAGUACUUCGGCAACACAGGCAGCAUGUUGAAACCAGACACGUUCGUGCAGCAUAUCAAGAGACACAACAUCGUGCUGAAGCGCGAGCUGGGCGAGGGCGCCUUCGGCAAGGUCUUCCUGGCCGAGUGCUACAACCUGACACCCGACCACGACAAGAUCCACGUGGCCGUCAAGACCCUGAAGGAGGCCAGCGAGAGCGGGCGUGCCGAUUUCUACCGGGAGGCGGAGCUGCUCACCAACCUGCAGCACGAGCACAUCGUCACCUUCUACGGCGUGUGCGUGGACAGCGACCCCCUCAUCAUGGUCUUUGAGUACAUGAAGCAUGGAGACCUCAACAAGUUCCUCAGGUCCCACGGUCCGGACGCGGUGCUUAUGGCGGACGGGCAGCACAGCAUCCUGGUGGAGCUGACGCAGUCGCAGAUGCUGCACAUCGCGCAGCAGAUCGCAGCCGGGAUGGUCUACCUGGCGUCGCAGCACUUUGUGCACAGAGACCUGGCCACCAGGAACUGCCUGGUGGGCGAGAACCUGCUGGUCAAGAUCGGAGACUUUGGCAUGUCCAGAGACGUCUACAGCACUGACUACUACAGAGUGGGCGGCCACACGAUGCUGCCCAUCCGCUGGAUGCCCCCGGAGAGCAUCAUGUACCGACGCUUCACCACCGAGAGCGACGUGUGGAGCCUGGGCGUGGUCCUCUGGGAGAUCUUCACCUACGGCAAGCAGCCCUGGUACCAGCUCUCCAACAAUGAGGUUAUCGAGUGCAUCACGCAGGGCCGUGUGCUCCAGCGGCCGCGCACCUGCCCCAAGGAGGUUUACGACCUGAUGCUGGGCUGCUGGCAGAGGGAGCCCUACAUGAGGCUCAACAUCAAGGAGAUCCACGCCAUGCUCCAGAGCCUCGCCAAGGCUUCUCCCGUCUACCUGGACAUACUGGGCUGAGGCGAUUGCUACUACGUCCUGCUGUACAGUACGUGUGUGUGUGUGUGUGAGUGUGUGCGUGUGUGCCAGGGGGAUGGCGUCUGGCAGUGUAAAGUUCAUAGAGUUAAAAGAGGUGCUGAUAAUCCUCUGCGUGUAAAUGUCCCCUGUAAAUGUUAACCGUCGUCAAUGCAUUGAGAAAAAGCCUUAAAUUCGCGAGUCAUUUCUGCUUUACAUAUUCCCUCGCUGUGCGUACAGUAGCAGGCAGGUUUCAACAGGAGGGGGCCUUCGAUGCAUUGUUGGUCAGGUGACUACGUCCCAACACUCUUGAGACUAAAUGCGAUUUUGUCUUCAUGCAUAUUUACCACGUGUGCACAAAGGGAACACAGUCCAAGCAUUCUACACAGCCCAAGCAUUUAAAUACGACAAAUAGAGUUAAUAUAAAAUCCUACAAAAAUAUGGGAAUAUAUUACAAGACUUAAAAAAUAAUGUUUUUAAAAAUUUAAUCAUAUGUCUUAUAUAUAAUUCUACAAUUCUAUCUUAUUGGUCCUUUUUGUUUGUUAUUUUUACACAAAGUAAAGUCUGUGAUUAUAGCCAUACAGUAUAUAUAAUUAUUGUGUAUUUAUUAUUAACUUAUUUUUAUCCUCAUUAUUAUUAUUUAUAAUUCUAAUCUUAUAUACGGGCAUACACUUUAUAGCACAACAUUUCUGGUAGAUUAAAAUGGAGCCCACACACCUCGGUAAGGUCCAUUGAAAAAUAUAUUUAAAUAUAAUAUAAAACCAAAUGAUAUACUGAUACAGUAUUAUAUAUGAUUAUGUAUAUAAUGAUCAUUCUGUCAAAAUUGGAAAAGGUUACCAAAGCCACUCCUUUAUAUACAUAUUUUUUUUAAAACCCUGUUUAGUGCACUGAACCAUAUUUUAAACUUAAGUUAAAAUGGACCCCAUGCACCACGAAUUAAAUAUAAUUAGAUAGUAUACUGAUGUACAGUAUAUGUGCAAUAAAUUCAAUGAUACAUCUUAAAAGUGUGGAGAAACUUACCAAAGGUAAAAUAAAAUAAAAAAGAAUAAUAAUUGUCAUGUACUACACACUGUUUUGAAGGUUAAAAUGAAUAAAAUCUUCCAUCCAUUUUUUACACUCCUUAGCCACACUAGGGUCACGGGUAUGCUGGAGCCUAUCCUAGCUAACUUGCGGGCGACAGGCGGGGUACACCCUGAACUGGUCGCCAGCCAAUUGCAGGGCACAUGGAAACUAACAACCAUUCGCACUCACAUUCAUACCUUCGGACAAUUUAGAGUCUUCAAUUAACCUCCCGUGCAUGUUUUUGGGAUGCGGGAGGAAACCGGAGUACCCGGAGAAAACCCACGCAGGCACAGGGAGAACAUGCAAGCUCCACACAGGCGAGGCCGGAUGUGAACCAGAGUCCUCAGAACCGUGAGGCGGAUGUGCUAACCACUCGUCCGCCUUGCCGCUCAAUGCGUGCCCAUUGAUAAAACAUUUUUUAUAUAUACUAAACCCCAUCUAUUUAAGCAAGGAGAUUAUUUAUUUAGCGUUAAUUUCUCAGCAUCCUUUUCCCCAUCAAUGUCAUAUUUUCUGUAAAUAUGUUUCCACAGACUAGCCAUCCAUAUACGACGACCGUGUGGUGUUUUCAAUGUUGUCAGGAGUGCUUUGAGCAAUUGUAUUAUUUAAUGUACUUAAAAAGCACACAGAUGUUGAGAGUCUGAGCUGUGUCUCUUCCCCCUCCCCCCAAAAAAACAAAAAAACAAGCACACAGCUUAUUUUAUAUUUUUACAGAUUUCAUUUUUUAAUCCACCAGCAGCAUCAUCUUUUUUUUUUAAGUCGAUCUAUGUUGUACAGGUGAUAAGAAGGGGAGUGCGAAUUAUUAAAAAGAAUCCUAAAAAAGUAUUAUUGUUUAUGAAAUAUCUGACCCUUUUUUGGUUAGAAUAUCAAAGCAAUUAUGCGUUAAUGUUGUCCUGGCAUGUCCUGAAAGCACUUACAGCUAGCUGAGCGUCCGGUCGUGGGAUUGCUUUGAUAUACUGCAAUGAAUUAGCCAACGUUCUAGUCGUUCAUUUUGUCUGCAUUUCCAACAACGGCAUCUCCUGUCCGAAGGGAUGGGGUUUGCAGAAUAACUCACGAUACGGUAUUGCCAACGGUAACAUCUUGAUACAGAAAUUAUCUGAUAAUCAAUAAACUGGGUGGGGGGCGCGGAAUCAUGGAGGAUUGUCAUGAUGUGGUCUUGAGAUAUUGUGCCAGUUAUAAUUAUGCAAUAAUCGAGAAAAAAAAACAAAAAACACGCAAUUGCACAUAUUGGACAUAUACAUAUUGGAAUUUCUAGGCACAGGAAUCCAAUGACGACUCGCGAUUCGGUAUUAUUGCAAAAUUUUGCCAACGGUAAUUGAAAAAAAAAAAGAAAAAACAUUGAUAUCAGAGAAACUUCUGAUACCUUAUUUGACGAUUUAUAUUUUACAAAUUAGAUAAUAUCAUGAUAGAUUGGGUAAAAAAAAAAAUGUGGAACUGUAGAUAAUUUGCUGUAAUUUCAAGGCACGAGAAUUGCGUAGUAACUAAUCGUGGUAUCAUGACAUUAUUGAUGACAACAUUUUACGAUACCCCUGAAUCGCAAUGUUUUGCAAACAAUGUAGAAGCCACAGAAAAUGUAGAAGCCACAGAAAAUUGCAAUACAGUAUUAUUGUUGACUUUAUUCCAACAACAACAAUAAUAUCACAAUACAGAGAUAAUUGAUUUAUUAGGAUAAAAAACAUAGCAAUUGUACAUAGUUGGCUGUCAUUUCUAGGCAUGGUAAACACGGUAACUAAUCGCGGUAUCGUUAUAUUAUUAUUGGCAAAGUAUUACAAUAAUCUAUAUAUUGAAUGUUUGCCAACAGUAAUCCUAAUCGUGAUAGCUGAUCUUGGGGCGGAAAACACAAUUAUACACAUUUGGACAUAAUUUCUAUAUAUGCUGUUGCGGGAUGGCUACUGUACCGUAUCGCGAUAUUUUCAUGUUUAAAACGAAAACAGAACGCAGCCAGACUACGUUACAUUCUUUGUUUUUUGAAGUUAUGUUAGGUAGGUAGGCACUAAAAUACGAAAAUAUUACGGAAUCAUCUUUAUUUGUUGUUUUUGACGUGUCUGCGGUAGAUAAUAAACUGGCCGCUGUACAGUUGGGAUAUUUGCGUGUACGACUCUUAGGCUGCGUUACAAACUAGUAUACUCCAGCAGGCAUCACAUGUUCUGGGUCCACUGGCAAUACAUACCCCAUGUAAGUACCAUUUGGAUUUUCUUUGUGCUCGUAGGAAAAAUUAUCCAGGUCUUUGAAGUUAUUUUUCACUCAUAAUUUCAGGGGUGCAGAGAAGUUUGUUUUAAUAAAUGAUUUUUUUUUUUUUUUUUUUUUUUUUUAAAAGGCCUCUGACUGACUGUAGCCUCUUGAGAUCCUCUUUCAGAUGAAUAACUGUGACUUUGCAUCAUGAAUAGUAUAUUAUUUUGAAUGUAAUCCAGAAGGCCGGGGACCUCUUUUGAAUGUAAUCUGUCAUGUGGGAUUAGGGGGUAGUAAUAAUUGUUUUUGUAUAUAUGUGGUAAAAGGGACAAAAAUAGCAUUUUCAUUAAUGUGCAGAUUCAUUUUACUUAUUGUGCAAAUACAAAGACUGCGUGUGUGUGUGUGUGUGUGUGUGGGUGCGCGCGCGUGUCUUAGAGAUGAUGUGUGUGCGUUUCUACGUACACUCGGAUGCAAGACUGUGUGUGUGAGGCAGAUUUAACUUCGCUUUAAUCUAUCAAUCAAUCAAUCAAUCAAUCAAUCAAAUGCUUUGUGCAUCAUGUGAGUAGCUUAACCACCAUUAAUGGAGAUGUUCCUUGUGAUACUGUGUAUUUAAUAAAGGUGGUA